CCGCUGCCCGGGAAGAUGCGGCUGGCCUGGAGCAACCUUGCGAAGUUAUCAGGACUUAUGUUAGCAUCAGUGUGUGCUUGGUAUUUGGGAUACCUGUUUGCAGAUAUCGUAUCUGAAGAUUCGCUAUCAUCAGCUAUUGAAAGUAUUCAAAGCAUUGGAGAGAAACCAGUACUUAAGGCCCCACCCCCCAAAAGACAGAAAUGUGACCAUUGGUCUCCGUGCUCACCUGGAAGCUAUGCUUAUCGAUUACUCAGUGGUGGUGGCAAGGAAAAGUUGGCCAAGAUUUGUUUUGAAGAUGAGCUGCUCAUAAGUGAACAGAAGGGUAAUGUUGGAAGAGGUAUAAACAUUGCCAUUGUGAAUUAUAAAACAGGAAAAGUUAUAUCUACAGAGUUUUUUGACAUGUGGGAAGGAGACUUCUCGGGACCCAUGACUACUUUCAUUAAAAAUGCACCUCAAGGGUCACUUCUCUUGAUGGUGACCCAUGAUGACGGAAGCAGCAGAUUAAAGGAUGGUGCAAAAAAAGCAAUAGCAGAGCUUGGCAGUAAAGAAAUAUGGAACUUGAAGUUCAGGUCAAGCUGGGCCUUUAUAGCUGCCAAAGGUUUCAACCUACCAGAUAACAUUCAAAAAGAAAAGAUCAACCAUUCUGAGAAUAGCAAGAACAGAUAUAACGGCUGGCCAGCUGAAAUCCAGAUAGAAGGUUGUAUCCCAGUAAACCUGAUCUGAUCUUACAUUUUGCUAAUAAAGUCAUAUAAAUUAUUUUUA